GACGUACGACGUACGACGUACGACGACCGCGCCGCGUUGGAGGAUUCGUGCGCCGCUACACGCGAUUCGUGUAUUAUGUCGUGCUACGAGUGCCGGGCGGAAAAACACAACGGGACGCGGAACAACGGCAAACGCGCGACUAUCUAUCCGAGACUAUCGGCAAGAUCAUCGUCGAGUGCGUGAGGAUCGUGCCUGCGGAGGAUGCGGCACCCGUGGAUCAAAUAUCCGUCGCCUGUGUCUCCACGUAGGCGAACUACGUGCCACGUUGUGCCAGUGAUGUCGUGGGUGUCGUCGGAGUCAUCCGCAGCGCUGCUGGACCUGGACCAUGGCCGGCAAGCCUGAGCAGCCGUCCACGCUCCCUGCUCCCCCGAGUCACGGCCAUCAGCAUCAUCAGCAACAUCCGCAGCAAGUGCAACAGCGGCAUCAACAACAACAAUCGCAUCAUUCGCAGCAGCAGCAGCAGCACCAGCACCAGCAGCAACAAGCUUUACAGCAAAACAGCGUUCUAGUGUACGUAUCGGGGGAGAACUUUGCGUACGCCACGGCGGUGGGUCAGAAUGUCGCCGCGACCGCUGCUGCCGCUAUCGCGGUCGGUUAUCAGUCACAGCCGCAGCAGCAUCAGCAGCAGACGACGCAAUACGCUGGCAUUCUGCAGGCGCCGCAGGUGGCGACGGCGCAGGCGGCUGCGACGACCUUUCCCGCCAAAACCGCCGUAUACUGCGCCGACGGCAGUGGCGGCGGGCUCAACGUAGGGAACAACGUCAACAUCCCGGCGAUCGGCUGUUGUCGUCUAAAACCGUCGCUCGAGACGACGAUGACGAUGACGAUGACGAUGACGACGACGACGACGACGACGACGACGACGACGACGACGACGACGACGACGACGACGACGACGACGACGACGACGACGACGACGACGGUGGCGGCAAUAACGGCGGCAGCCACGGUGAAUACCAACGCCGAUGGCAGCGAGUCCAAGCGAGCUUCUUCUCUCGUUAGUAACGAGGAGGACGAGGAAGACUACGCGAUGCUGUAUCGACAGGCCAAUCUGGGGCAAUCGACGUGCACCACGGCGGCGAUGACGACGAUGAUGACAACGUCGCGCGAGAACAAGCGAGCGCCGGAGAAUGGAGAUUCGACGGCGGACGGUCUCGGCAACGAUCAUCCGAUGGUAUCCGGCGCCAAGACGUAUCAGACGCGGCUCCAACACGGCGACGUGUUCUCUGCGAGGAUGAGUAGCGAGACGUAUAACGCUACGACAGGUAAUAGAAUCGUCGCGCAAUCGAAUCCCGGUGACGUAGGACUUCUCGGCGACGACGGUUGCAUCGCGUACGGUACAUCGACGUCCGGUAGCAACAACGGUAUCGUGCUUCAAAACGGUGAGCAGCAGGUCUUGGACGACAAGGGCCGGCAGCGGGACAAUUUCGAUAAUCAGCAGGCCGCUUCCUCGUCAGCGUCCAGCGCGACGGUUAUCGGUGUUGGUGAUAUCGGUAGUGGUGCGGUAAUCGGUGCUUGCGACUCGAUACGAUCCGACGAAUCGUCAACGACUUACAGCAGCCUCAGCAGCCCUGAUGAGAGUCAGAGUCAUCAGCAGCCGGUGGGACAGCACGACGGUGUUUUGCCGGCGAAUAACAAUCAUUCCGGAGUUGGUAGCGCGUGCGCGCAGCAGGCUGCGCGCCAGCAGCCGCCGUUGCGUGUCAAUGGCAAUAACAAUAACGGUAAUAACGGUGUGCAGCAUAACGCAGUGGUGUUGACAAUGAACGGUAGUGCGGUGAUUACGCAGCAGCAACAGCAACAACAAUCAACGGCGAUCACCGUGCCACGUGGAUGGAAAAGGAUAUGCACCAAUGGGGUCAUCAUUUACAUCAGUCCAAGCAGUACGGCGCUGGGUUCGCUGGAUCAAUUGAAGGAGUAUCUAACAACAGUGGGAACCUGCAAAUGCGGUCUCGAGUGUCCGCUCAGACCCGAACAGGUCUUCAACUUUGAUCCCAAGGUUGCGACACGACCUUGGAGCCCGGAUCAGGGCAAGACGCGCGAGAUGACCAAGCUCUGCAACCAUAAGAGGAAACUUCUGCUGCCGUCCGCGGCCGCCAGUCCUGUUGCGUCUUGUACACCGGCGGUCUCAUCGUCGACUUUAUCUUCUGGCCCGACAACGACCUCGAUUCACGCGAACGCCGAUUCGCCCACAUCGCCGGAUAAAGCCAGAAAAGAUGGUCACAGCAAGAAGAAGAAAAGGAAACUAGGAGGCAUAGGCGGCAUUUAUUCCGGCGUCUCGGUUUCGCAACUUCUGGCACAACGGGAAAGAGCUAUCGCCGCGGUUGCGGCUUCUGGAGUUCAAGGUUCACCGGUGCCUAAUGGAUCGCAGGUAUGGCCAAUCGCGAAUCUGCAAGUCCAGCAAAAUGGCCAACAAAUCUGUCAUCAAUCUUUAAAUUCGCCUUCCCAAAAUCAUGAUGUGAACAAUUGUGCAAGAAAUCCUCAACAGAGAUUAAACCAACACAAUAUGUCGGGCAUGCUGAUGAACAAUCCGCUGAUAAUGAAUCAGCAGGGUACAAAUUACAAUAAUAUGACUCAACAACAGCAGCAGCUCUUACAACAACAACAACAACAACAACUUAUCCUACAGCAGCAGCAGCAGCAGCAUCAACAGCAGCAAAUCAUUCAGCAGCAUAUAUCGCAACAACAACAAUCGCAGCAGUUGUUACCACAUCAGCAGCAGCUGCAACAUAUGCAGAUUUUACAACAGCAACAGGAACAACAGCAGCAUCAGAACACAAUGGUAAAUCAAUUAACGCAAGCUCCCCAUUAUAUCAAUCAGCUGAAUCAACAGUCGAUGCACGUAAUGCAACAGCAGCAGCAGCACUUGAAUUCGCAACAGCAGCAGCAGCAACUGCAUUUGCAGCAGAUUCAAAAACAUAAUAUGCAACAGCAGCAGCAGCAGCACUUGACCCAGGAAAUAGAUCAGCCACAAUCGACAAAUUACUCCCAGCAUUCUGCCGAAAAUUAUGUACAUCAUAUGCAGUCACCGCAAGUGUCGAAUCAAACCGCCCUCCAUCCGCAAUUGCACCAAGUUCACCAGCAUCAGAUGCAGCCGCAACAGCCUCAACAAAGUCAGCACGCUAUGCAGCCACAAUCAACGGAUCAUUUUCAAAUGCAGAUUCAGCAGCAGCUACAACAACAACAACAACAUCAGCAGCAGCAAUUAUCGCAAGUGUGCAUUCAGCCGCAAUAUCCGAACCAACAAAUAAAUCAUCACUCCGUGGACGUUAUGCAACAGCAAACUGGCUCCGCCAUCAUGACUAAUAUUAAUACUACCGAUAUUCAGAAUAGGCACAAUCGAGCAUCAUCAAUUAAUGAUGAAGAUUUAAACGCAAAACAAUUACAACAACAACAACAGCAGCAGCAGCAGCAGCAACAACUUCUGUUACAUAAUCAUUCAAUGCAACGACACCACGUGGUUCAAAAUGGCUUGCCAAACAAUCCUCACGAGAACGUUCAGCGGAUGUACGCGCAGAACCAAAUACAAUAUCCAAUAAGGAAUUUUGAUCCUACGAAAGGAACAAAUGCAGAUGCAAAAUUGGGACAUCAACAGCAGUUCGUUCUAUCCAAUCACACGGGAAGAAGUUCGAACGCCACUCACGCUGUCGAGGCGCAGCAGUCUGGUAUGGGACCAAACGGGCAACCCGGCAACUUGCAUUUUAACAACAGAACACCACCGUGGCAACAGAAUCGUGCUGCAACCGUAUCCCAUCAACCGUCUCUUGUUACAGUGCAGAAUAUCACCUGUAACUCGUUUGACCGCGUGCCGCCACUUCAUCAUCACAUUCCACAGCCCUCCAACUGGACGGACGAGGCCGCGCGGAAGAAAGCGAAGUCAAAUAAAACAAUAGUGAAGAAGCAACGGCAGCACGGUGUCGCAGAAUCGUCAAGAACAAAUAACGGGCUUGAACAUUCAGCAUCAAGUCCAAUAGAUGAGUUUAGCGAGAAAAAUCAGCAGAAUAAUAGUCAGAUAGGUUCAACGUUCAACAACAGCGGUCCUUCGUUCCUAGAGGAUCCCAGCGGGUACCUCGCCCAACAGACGGCGCUGCUCAACAGCACAAUAUCGAGGCAGACUGGUGUCAGUAGCUCUCAAGUGGGCAUGUUAAAUAACAAUCCGAAAGCGUCGCCUCAGAUCAGUCACAGCAUGCAUGUCUCUAACACCUAUAAUUCUCAACCAAAGCCUUCCUCUAUCGCCAGUCCUACGAGUACCUCGUCGUCGUUUGCUUCCGUAAAGAAUCACGCGACCUCGCCGGUUGUCGUACAUAGCAGUAUGACGCCGACUUCGAGCAACAACAGCACGGAUUCCGAGAACAGUCCGUGUCAAGGCUGCGUCACCAGUGCUGACACACAAUCUUAUAUUCAGGAUCAAUAUAAACAACAGAUGCAACGACAGUACCUGAUGAAUACGGAUCAGCGCGAGGAUCCUGUCACGUCGUCAACGUUCGGCGAACGAUAUCAAACGAGCAAUCAACAACAAAUUGACUCCAGACCAAUACAAGGCGGUACUGUGAGCACCAGUCACGGAUCUCCUAUCGGUACGAAUAGUCCAGCUAAUUCAGAUACACCGGCUGCUUCAACACCCGGGAUCUCGCAACCAGCAACCCCACAGAGUCUUAUCUCGUCGCAACCAGCGACACCGCAUAGUUACUCGCAACCGCCGACGCCUCACUCACACAUGUCAGGCCAAAUACCAUCGCAAACGCUAACUCCGCAAGUGCAACAACAACCGUCACAGUCCUUGAUUGGUGGCAACAUUCAAGAACAAAGAUCUGAAACUCCUAAUUCUGGCACAAUGAGUUCCAGCUGUAUUCCACCUAGCACGUCGCCGUCUCAGACGUCUUCUUCCGCGUCGGACAAUUUAACGUCUCAAAUAAAAAGACAAAUAACGACUAGGCAAAAUUCCCUGGACGGCUAUCAACCUCAUCCGCACACUGUAAACGCGGUUUCCAGGAUAUCUAUGAACACUUUCGGCGGAACAUCGUCCGUGAUAACAACUAUGGCCAGCGGUCAUACAGUCAGCAGUAAUACAAUUACCUCUGUGUUAGCUGGAAGGGCGAAUACCGCCACUGUCUCCAUAAACACACCAUCUGCGAUACCGAAUCCCGCUAUACCCAAUCUUUUGCCGAAUAAGUCGCAGCAUCAAGCACAGUCAACGGCGAAUGUGCCAGGUGCUUUAGUUACAACUCACUCCGCUGUUUCGCACAAUCAAUCUUCGACGAUGGUGUCUAAGUCUCCGCUUGAAAUGGUCCAAAGCGUUGUCAGUAGCAUACAAGUACCUCAGACGAGUACGAAUUCGUCGUUGCAGCCGCAAACUCAGCAGCAGCAGCACCACCACCACCACCACCAACAACAACAACAACAGCAGCAGCAGCAGCAUCAGCAGUCACAACAGCAGCAUCCUCAGGCCAACGUUCAAGUUCACAAUGUCCUCACUUCUAGUGGUAUAUUGAAACAUUCUGCCGGAUCGACGCUACCGCCUGGCCAUAUACUUGUGUCUAGCGGCGGUCAACUCAUUAUGGCAAGUACUGGAUCGGCUAUCAAUGGCGUAAUGGCACCUCCUCCACCGAAAAUCAUUUCGAAUGCCAGUUCUAUGCCACCGUUGUCGGUAUCGCCAAUGGUCACCAGCGUAACCGGAGCCGUCAGCCAAGUGAUUCCUGCGGUAGGUGUAGCCCAACAAGUGAUAGGGCAACCGACGGUUCUCGUGAAUACCAUUCAGACGCCGGUGCUGAUUCAGCCUGGCGUGAUGACUAUGGACAGUAUAGGUCAGAACGUGCAGAUACCGCAUCUUACAGUCGCUACCGGCAACGUUAUACAGAACACUCAAUCAAUCCUCGACGCGAAUCAGGAUGUAUCUAGAACCGUCAGUGCCAACCAAGGUAUGACGGUGAAUCGACAGCCAGCAUUACUAUCACCGGAAUCAGCAAUGACCAAGAAGAAGGCGUACAAAAAACGGAAAGCGAAUCCGCAGACCGUGGCGUCGAUGCUACACAUUGCCUCGUCUCAGCAGAAUGCUGGUAUGCUGAUGCAGUCGCAGUCGAACUUUGCGCAACAGAACUUUCAGGCUCAGAGUAUAGGCGGGCCUAUGCUUCAGGCGUUGACUAUCGUACCUGGCAAAGGUGGAGCACCGGCACAGUUAGUCAUGAACGGUCAAACUGGUGCAGCAUCUGCGCAAUUUAACGCUCAGCAAAUAAUUACGAAUCCUCAACCGGCUCAACAAAUAAAUCUUCUUCAACCGGUAAACUUGUUGAACGGAGCGACUGGGAUGGUUCAAAAUUUCCCCACUAUUCAGCAGUUUAUCGUGCCUGGUUUAGGUAGCAUGGUUAUGUCUGCUGAUGGAACGGCCACAUUGCUGCAGGAUACGGGUAACAUCGGGAUGCAGCUUCAGAUACAGAACGUCAAUGGCCAGAAUGUGUUGACACCAGUACAGAGUCAUAGUAGUAUAUUUAAUCCCAGUCAAAGUAUAUUGGCUGCUGGUCCAGCCGGUAUGGUAAUACGGGCGCCGCAAGCAACCGGUGGAAAAAUAAUUCAGCAGCACAGUCCGGGAGCACAAUUUCUUUCACCAAACAGCGGCCAAUUUCUGGUAAACGGAACAACGUCUUUCGGGAAUCAACUGAGUCCGAUAGUAGCGAAUGUCAGUCCGAAUCAGCAAGUGACGUUCAAUACCUCGCAAGUGAGACCGCCGAAUAUGCAGGGUCAACAGGAAUUCAUACAAAUGAAUGGGCAAACUCUUAUGGUACCUUGUGCUACCGCGCAGAACAUUGCUGUUUCCUCGGCACCGAAUCAACAGAACACAACAUUUGUCCAGCAGAAUACGACGAUCGUGCAGCAGCAAACGACUAUGGUGUCAAAUAAUCAGAUACCAAAUUUUCAAAGCGCAACUUCUAACGCUGGACAAGCAGUCGAACCUUCUUUAAAUCUCGACCACAAUCAAUCGUAUAUCUUGAGUUCCGGCAUGAUUCAAGGAAAAGCGGCAUCAUCUUCCCCUAAGAGCGGAGUAAAUUCACCAUCGUCUGACCAAAAUAUCGAGCAGCAACAAUAUGUGCUCGCUAGUAGUAGCACGACCGUUGUAGAAAAAACGGCUCAGCAGAAUGAGCAACAUAGUCCGCUUAUGGCAAGGCAUUCAGUAUCGACACAAACAGCCGGAAAUCAAACCAAUGUGGUACAAUCAGCAAUGAUGCGGCAAGGAUCGCCACCAGACACGACCACUCAUAGCCCAGGAAAUAGUCAGAGGUCCAAUAGUCCGGCCGUGGACACUACUACACACGGUGCAGCUUCGCCAGCGCCUCCAAUCACCGCCAGACAUCACUCGUCGUCAACGCCUAUGGUUCAUUGCGUCUCAAGCAGUGAACCGGAUUCAGGCGACACACAGGUAGCAUCGGAAGAUUGGAGAAUGCAGAGUAUCGCCACCAAGGAGAUCACGUUGAAUCAACCGAGCUUGCACGGAAAGACUUACGUGGAGUCCACAGUGACCACUGGGAUCCAGAUCUAUACGUCAGAGACGUUGAAGCAAGCCGAAGGUGUGGUGAGCACGGUGAGGUGCGAGGGCAGGGAACAUGCCCUCGGCCGCGGAAUCAAGCGAAAGCUGGACUCCAUCCAUUCCAUGCAUUCUACUCUGCAUGAAGACCAAGAUGUAGCCGAGACAAAGGACUUAGACGAUGGAAACCAAUGGAAACUGAUGGUCGGUGAUCUAGUGUGGGGUGCAGCAAGAGGAAGUCCGGCCUGGCCGGGAAAAGUCGAAUCUUUGGGCCCUCCGGGUACUAUGACAGUUUGGGUCCGGUGGUACGGGGGCGGGGGCGGUCGCACCCAAGUCGAUGUCAAGACCCUCAAGUCCCUCUCCGAAGGCCUCGAGGCGCAUCAUCGCGCCCGUAAAAAGUUUAGGAAAAGUCGUAAAUUGAAUAUGCAAUUGGAAAAUGCGAUACAAGAGGCGAUGGCGGAACUGGACAAGAUGACGGAGACCUCCAGCGACCAAAAAGACAUGAAAAAGUCGUCCAAAGUGACAUCGUUGCCGGCAACCAGUUCGAAGGGUAUCAAUGGCGCCGGCAAAUCGGAGGCCAAGAGAUCGUCGAAGAGAGCCAUCAUGGACCAUGCCAAAACCGAACAGAAACAAUGCCGGUGAUCCGUGUUGAUCAUGGUUGUUUAACGUGUCAGUGCAAACAUCCGCGCGAUCGACAAUACAUUUGUCGUAAAUCGCAAAGUAUCGAAGAUUUUCGCGCGGAAAUGUAAUUUUUAGCCAGCUUUUCGUUUAAUAAAUUAUUAAUAAAUUCACAUAAAUUGUACACGCUCUAUAAAUUACCGAUACACUUCCGUUUGCUUCACAAUUGACAAUUGAUUAAUUAGAUAGAAAUAAUUGCGACAUAAUUUUGAAGGGUCAAUCCAGCGCGUCUUAAUUUAAUCGCGUUAAGUUUUAUUACACACAUAACGAUUCUAACGUGACAAAUUAAGUAAGAUGGUGCAAAAGUACGUGAUGCUAACGCUACGUUGAUACGUGAUAUAAAUGACGCAAAAAUAUUCUUUAAAGGAAUCACCUUGAAAUUACGAAUAUACAGUCAUAUAUAUCUCGGUGAUUGUUCUCUGUGAUUUGCUACAUUCGAACAGUCGAAAUUCUUUUUAGAAUCAUUAUAAGAAUUUCAUCUUGGAGCAAAAAGAAGAUUGUACAAUCCUAUCUCUAAACAUUUUAAAACUUUUUCCCAUUCCUAUAUAUACAUAUUACGCUUCAGGACGCUCACAGCAUCGUAUGAUUAUGCGAGAAGCGUCUCCGAUAAUAUAAUCAAAAAUUUUGUCUACGAUUUAUUAAAUUGAAAGAAAUGUUUUUGAUGGAUGCAGAAACGAUGGCCAUGAGAAUGCAACGCUAAACAUAGAAUUGUAUUAUAACAGUCUCAUAUAACAGUGACAAGCAUCUCAUAUAACAAUGACAAGUUCUCUUUUUUCUAUAAAUUUAUUGACAAAGCCUAAGUAAUAUCUGCUGUAACAUCUUUAGUGCAUUCUGUUUUGUGACGAACGGCAUCUGUUUAAUAAAGAAAUAGUCAGGCAUAUAAAAUUGCAGUUUUGUGUAAUUAAAAUAAUGAAAUUAUAUAUAUAUAUAUACACAUAUGCGAGAAAUAUUACGGCCAAUUCAUACAAAAUAGGCCUACAGCAUGCAUUCUCUCUUAGAUUAUUUACUCUAAUACUAAAUAUCUAUGUAACUACGUACAGAAAGUAAAAUGUUGGAAGCGAUAGUUUUUCACAGAUGUCUUUGGAUUGGUAGAAGGAGAUGACAUUUAUCAUAAGCGAAUAAUUUGUCACACAAUUAUUUUAAUCGAUGAACAUUCGUCUAUAGAUAGAUUCCAUUAACGAAGUAAUAGAAAAGACGAUGUUUCAAAUGCAAACUUUCUAUGAUUGAUAUAUAUUAUACAACAAUCUCUCUUUCCCGAUUACUACGCGUGGUUUUUACAAUUUACACGUGCCAUUUGAAGGCAUGGAUGUUUCCUGAAAAUAUGUAUUUGCCCAUAUAUUUGGGCGAUCGUGUAAGCAAACGUGUAUAGGUUUAAAAAGAUAUUUUUGCGAACAAAUCUUCAUUACACUAUCCAUAGAGAGUAAUGCAUUUUUUUAGAAGGCUAUAUACAGAGUGUGAAUAAUUGUUUUAAACCGUGACAACAUCGGCUACAGGCUCGUUGAACCAUUUUUAAUCUACGUCUGCAGAGACGUUCUUGAUCUGCGCGAUCAUCUUUUUAACAAAAUGUUCCUCGAACGAUAUAAACCUGGCACAAGCUGCAAUUAAAUAAUUUUACGGGUCGAUUUUGUAUAGUACAUAAUAGCGAAGCAAUCCGCUGCAAAAUGUGGUUUCCAGGUAUUUUUUAACAAGUGCACACGCGAGCAAUUGACUUUUAACGUCGUUUUAAAUAUUCAGAUUUUUCAGAGCAUAUAUAACAAAUUUAUAAAUAUUUAGAUUAUUUAAACAAAAAGAGAUUACAUAUAGCUAAUGGUUAAAUAAAACGAAACGAAAUUUUGAAGUAAGACUUAAAAUACGCCGUCAAUAUUUAGAGAAAUGCAAUUCGAUUUUUAUUUCAAGGAUCGUCUACGAUAUAAAUGCUAAAUUUUUGAAGUUGAGGUAAAAAUCACAAGUUUAUUUUUAUUGAAAUAAUUUUGACGCGUUCGGAAACGUACAAUAGACAAUAAAGAAGAUGCAAGUAUCAAAAAAUAUCGUGCGAUUCUUAAUUUGCGUUUUUUGCGAUUUGUGACUUUGAUUUCUUCGAGAAAUGCACGCGCAUACAUAAAUCACGAUCGAUCUUGAGAAACGUUGCUAUAACUGCACUGGCUGCAUAACUUGCGAUUAGCUAUAAAACGGGUCCGUACAGAUUUAGUGUUAUAUUAUAUUUAAUCUGUAAAUAUGUCAAAUAUGACGAUAAACAUCUUAAUAAUGGAUAAAUGCAGAUAUAUAUGUAAGAAAGGCCAACAGUGUAACGAGUUUACAAAUAAAUUAUCGUUAACAAGAAUGCGUAUGCGACGAGUCUGUAAGCUUAGAUUUGCCUCUGAUUGUGAGAUUAAAUCGGAGCUACUUUAUAUCAAAAGAUAACUGCUUGAUGUCACCAUAUAUAUCCACGAGGAACCAUAAAUCUUUCACGAAGAUUGUUUCUCGGUUCAAACAAAGUCUUGUCUAAAACGGUAUGUUUACUGUCUCUUUUUAAAACAGAAAGUAGCCUGAGUCAUAUCUUUUACUUUGAGAUAAUUACUUUUAUGUAUUAAAAAAUAUUUGUAAACAGUUUUAUCGUACUUAAAUAUAAAAUAUUAAUUUUUUUACUUUUUGUUUUCCGUAAUUUUAAAAUUUAAAAUACACUCCGCGUAUAACUUAUAAAAUAUGAAUAAAACAAGGAACACAUGAUUGAAUUUUCUCGUGUUUGUGACUUGGGCCAUUUUCAUAAUCACAGAUAUCAUAUACCGUAAAGCUUGUGGAGAUUUUACGAGCAGUUUUCCCGGUGCGCAUCUCUACUUAAGGACAAUUAUAUCAAAAUAAAUCAAAAGAGUUCGCGAUAUCACAUAUUACUCACUAAGUUUCACAAAGAAAUUGACAGCGGAGAAUCGUAUUCUCGUUUCCUGCGAUACGGUUCGUAACGUUUCAUCUUGACCAAGCGCGUUGCAACGCAACGUUUCAUUUGAUGAAUGGCGAAAAACAUAUCACCGGCCGCGAACGACAAUUCUUCGAAAUCCGCAUGUUUUCAGCAAAACAUAUUGUAUGAAAAUAAAAAAAAAAAAAGAUGAUAGAGAGAACUUAAAGAAUACGUAAAUGGCUGGCAUUGCUGUACAUACACAUACAUACAUACAUAAAUACACUCACCCACACACAUAUAUACAUAACGGGACCGUUAAGAAUUAAGACAUUUUUAAUUUUUUAUUCAAUUUCUCUCGCCCCAACUGGCGUUUCAAAUGAUUCGUAGUUUGAUAGUUGAGGGCCGCUUUUAUAGAACUCAAUAAAAUUACAGAAUUUUUUAUUUUUUUUUAAUUGAAUUUUACUAAUUGUUUUAUAAUUUUUAUAGCAAUUUAAUUAUUGUUUAUAAUAUGCAAUUUUUUAUUUUUUAGCAAUACAUAUUUACAAUACAUAUAAAGUAUUAUAAGAAAUUUUGAUAGGUUUCGCAGUAAAGUUAUCUAUAAUCACAUAUCUUUCAAUAAAGAUAUUUACGGAGAUAAUUGAAAAAAAUGUAUUUCUUAUAAAAGUUCUUAGUUUUUAUACAUGUUGAUUUCUCUGUAAAAAAGAAAACGGUCCUCAAUUCGGUGUGUGAGACUUUGCUAAUUUUUUUUUUUUUCCUCUGGAAUCGAUGUAAACCAGUUUGCCGAGAGUACUUGUCCCUUCGCUCUCUCGAGCAUGCGAUGCGAGAGAGUGACCGUAGUUUAAAAAGAAACCAGUGAAAACUUACCUCAGUGACAUAUACGCAAGAAUCAAACGUCUUAAAAAGAAUCGAGAAUAUAUACUGUAGUGCCGAUGCUCUUUGUAUAUUUUCCAUGAUAUUGUAAAUAGAUAUAUACAUAUAUACAUAUAUACAUUUACGCGCCUUAUUAAUAAUCACGCCGUGCGAGAUGAGCAGUCGACGAGUAUGAUUGUUUAAUGCUAAAUGCAAAUGUUGGCGAAUGAAGGUAUUAAUUAUUACACGAGCUGUCGAGCGAACGAUUUUAGGCGUUAACAAUGCAUCUCCAUCAACAGCGAACAUUGUGGCUUCUAAUUAUUUAAAAUGUCGCGAAAGAUGUCUGGGAAAGGAGAAAAAAAAAUACUUAUAGGGCUAUUUUAUAAGAACAUUCUUUACGGGUCGUUACAUGAUGUAAGUAGAGUACGUUUAAUAUAUGCCACAUUUUUUCAUACAACGCCGUAUGUGAAAGUAAAAGGAAAGAAGUAGCUCUUAAAUUGAUGUUUUAUGCAACUAAAAAAAAAAAAACCUGU